AUGGUAUGCGUACGUGCCAAACCCAAACCGUUGCAGCAGCUGAUGGGGGAUCUGCCAUCUGUUCGGGUCAACCAGGCGUACCCGAUUCAGAAUGUUGGCGUUGACUUGGCUGGGCCAAUGUACGUGAGAACGUCACUCCGAAAUAAGAGAACGCCAUUCUUCAAAGCGUACAUCACCGUAUACGCAUGCAUGGCUACCAAAGCUGUGCACUUGGACCUUGUGUCAGAUCUGACCACUGGCACAUUCAUUGCGAGCCUGCGAAGAUUCGCCGGCCUUAGAGGAAAGCCUGCGCAUAUCAACUGCGAUAACGCCACGAACUUUGUUGGAGCACAGCGAGAACUGAAAGAACUGCGGAAGCUUUUCCGAACUCAAGUUCACCAAGAUGCCGUAGCAAACGAAUGCGCAGACAACGGAAUACAGUUCCACUUCAUUCCACCUCACUCUCCCACAUUCGGUGGAAUCUGUGAAGCCUGCGUGAAGUCCGUGAAGACCCUGCUUCGCAAAAUUCUCGGAAAUGCUCACCUAACCGAAUCCGAGCUACAAACCGCAUUGAUUCAGGUCGAGUCAAUGCUAAACUCUCGCCCAAUCACACCGUUGCCGGACAAUCCAUCCGAUGAGCUUGCUCUGACCCCAGGAUAUUUCCUGAUUUGUCGUCCGUUGAAUGCAGUAUCUGAUCCAGAUUGCCGUGAAGUUCCUAAAUCCAGGUUGUCUCCAUGGGAACGAGUACAACAGCUGACUCAGCACUUCUGGAGUCGUUGGCACAAGGAGUAUCUCGCCACCAUGCAAAAUCGCUACCGCUGGACAAAAGCCAUGGACACCCUUGCCGUUGGUUCCAUCGUCGCUCUCAAAGAUGAGAGAACACCGCCGUUGAAAUGGCCCCUGGGGCGAGUGCUCAGCGUUCAUCCCGGCCCUGACGGCCUUGUUCGUGUCGCCAUAGUGAAGUCGACCUUCGGUAUCGUUCAACGCGCCAUCCCGAAGCUCUGCUUACUUCCGGUUGAAGUUAGGCUACCCAGCGCAGCACCGAAUCCCGCACCGACUAGUAGCAGAGUGUCAACAACACCCGACGAAGGCCCUUGCUCAGGGAACAGAGCCGCCGGACGAGUUCCCGGCCCCUUCUCGGGAAAAUGA